CUAACAGGUUCUCUGACGAGUUUGGAAGGGAUCCGUGAUCCUGCAGUAGCUAUGACAGAAUUUACAAACACUGCUAUUAUUACCGCGGAGACGGUCGACGGAAGACUCUUCUUUGUCCCCACAAUCUAUCACUCUCCCUGUAAACGCCGCUCUAUCCCUUCGCCACGCCCAUCUCGCGGCGACCCUUGCAUCAUCUCGCCGAUGGGACGGAGGCGAUUUAGCGCGAAAUAAGAGGCUAAGAAACCCGGCACCUCAAGUAGAGGCCUGUCUCAGCACCGUAAGACACCCCUCUGCCAGACAAACUACACAAUGACGGCCACAUUCCUCAUCACCGGAGUCACCGGCUUCAUCGGCUUCCCGAUCCUCGUCGCCGCUCUCGCGGGCGGCCACACCGUGCGGUACAUGGCUCGGACCGAAGAAAAGGCCCGGGCCGUGUCCUCUCACCCGGCGGUGCGGGCGCUCGCGCCGGGCCCGCGGCUCGCCUCGGUCGUGCUCCCGGACGCCGCCGCCGAGGGCGCCUUCGACGCCGCGCUGCAGGGCGCGACGCACGUCAUCCGCGCCGGGUCGCCGGGGCCGACGCCGGGCGGCGACCCCGCGGCGCACAUCUUCCAGCCGACGGUGCGCGUGGCCGCGGGGCUGCUCGACGCCGCGCUGCGGGCGCCGAGCGUGCGGCGCGUCGUCGUCACGUCGUCCAUCGCGGGAAACAUCGGCGCCGGGGAGCCGCCGCCGCCGCCCGGCGUCACGCUCUCGGCCGCGACGCGCGUGCCGCCGCCGGAGCCGCCGGCGCCCCUGCGCUUCCGCGACGCGCACGAGGCGUACGCCGCGGCCAAGGCGGCCGAGCUGCGCGACACGGACGCGUUCGUGCGCGCGCGGCAGCCGCGCUUCGGCGUCGCGCACACGUGCUCGAACGGGGUGGCGCUGGCGCUGGUGACGGGCGGCGGCGCCGCGGCCGCUGCCCGGCGCACGCACCUGCGCGCGGCGCUGGCGGGCGGCGCCGCGGUCCCCGCCGACCUGGGCCUCGCGGCGCCGUGCGACUUCGGCGCCCUGUUCGCCGUCGUCGCGCGCGCGUUCCCCCGCGCCGUCGCCGCCGGCGUCUUCGCCCCCACCCGCGCCGCCGCCGCCGCCACCACCCUGCCCCUCGCCUACGACUCCGCCGACGUCGAGCGCCUGCUCGGACGCCCCCUCAAGACCCUCGACGAGGCCUUCCUCGACGUCGCCGCACAGUACCUCGAGGCCCUCGGCGUGGAGAAGGCGUGACGCGCCCGCGGUCCGCGGAGAGAGAGAGAGAGAGAGAGAGAGAGCCCGCGGCAUAGAGUGGUGCGGCUAG